AAAUCCCAAAAACGAAAAUUAAACGUUUACGGAAAAGAAAACUUCAAGCCAGAAUCUCCAACCAUAACGCUUAUUUGUCUAGUAAAAGGAGACCCUCCAAUGAACGCCUUUUCAAUUGAUAUUGAUAAGAAUAUAACUGUCCAUAAGCUUAAAAAGGCAACUAAAAGUGAAAAAGCGCCUGAAUUCGACAAUAUUGCUCCAGAUAGGCUCGAGUUGUGGAGAGUAAAUAUACGUGACGAUAGCAAUGAAUUAGCAAACAUAGAUCUACAUAAUUACGACCAACUCAGGGCGACUAAAAAAAUAAAGACAUACUUUGAAGUACUUUCUGAAGAUCACAUUCAUUUAAUUGUCUCACCACCGGUAUUUACAAGCGCAUCAGUACAAGAAGUAUUGUCAAUUAAACCUCCAUCAGUAUCGGCGCGCCAUUCCGAAUUUUUCCAAUCAAUUCAGAAUCCACCGGUGAUUUUAAAUCAUCGACCUUCAGGUUGUACAGGGCCACCAGUUAUAUUUUACAAUGAAAUAUUUAAUAAGUUUGUUGCUGAUUUCAAGAAUGAAAAUCUACCAAUUCCGCCAAAUAUCUUAGAAAUGGUUGAUAUUUUUGUAAAGGACAUGGAAAAUGGAUAUAGCACUGAAGAAGGCCGUUGUGAAAUAUUGGAGAAGCAUUUGAAAAAUGUGAUUGGACCUAUGGAGAAGGUUGAGAAUAGUGAUAAAACAAAGAGUGACCGUGUAGUAACAAUACUUGCUCAAUCAUCUAUUACAUUUGCAUUGGUAGUGCUUGCUGAAGUGAAGAAUGAAAUCGGCACUGGGUCUUGUGACCCUACCAUACAAGACCCUCUUACUGAUUUCAUUCCUUUAAUGCAAUUUUAUAAUAAUAGUUAUUACAAAAGAAUUGCUCGGCUUCUUGAAGCUUUACACCUUGCUUCUAUACGUUUGAAAACAUUCUAUGAAGAAUUAAAUAUGUCCGACCCAUGUGACCAACGAUUUUACCCAUUUCUUCAUCAAUAUUCAGAUGAUUUUGGAAAUAAUAUACCAUUUAAUUACAAUGAUCUGUUUAUGGAAGAUUGUACAGAGUUUGUUUGGAGAGCAACAACAGAAGACAAAUCCUCAAUUAUUAUAAAAUAUACACAAACAUACAACGUAAAUGCACACAAAAUAUGUGCUGAGAAACAGUUAGCGCCACGGAUUCUUUUUGCAAGUAAUAAGGUCAUAGAUGGGUGGUGGGUAAUUAUAAUGGAAUCUGUAGAGGAAUUGUCAUUAUAUCAUGCUCAACUUACAAAUGAGAAUUAUAUGACAGUCAUGCAAGACAUAAAACAAGCAAUUAAGUUGCUCCAUGAUAAUGAACUCGUUUUCGCUAAUCUUUGCAGCACAAACAUUUUGGUUUACAAAGUAGAAAUGAAUACACGCGCAAUGUUAUUUGGAUUUGACUGGUGUGGAGAACACGCUAUCGGCCGUUAUCCAUUUUUGAUAAGUUCAACAGUUAAAUGGCACCAUGGUGUAAAAGCUUAUGCGUUAUUGGAUAAAACUCAUGAUUUAUUUUGGCUGGAUGCACUUCAGGAAAGGAAUA